UUUGUUUCUGAAGAGUUAUCAUUCUGAGACAAAUUGUGAAGCAAGAAAAUGGCGAUGAUCUUAGAUGCUUUUGGGGGGCUACUUGCAGAUAAGCUGGUGACCGUUUUGAAAGAGCAAGCGAUCAUGAUACUGGGAGUGAAGGAUGAGCUCCAAAAGCUUCAAACAAGGAUGAAGACAACUAGCCUUUAUCUCAAGAAUGCAGAGGAGAGGAGGAUCAAUGACCCAGCUGUCAAUGGAUGGGUUACUGAUCUAAAAGCUUUCAUGUAUGAUGCUUAUGAUGUUAUUGACUUUUGCAUGAUUGAAGGUACUAAGCUCUUGGAAGAUGAUGAUCACCUGGCAGAUUCAACAUGUUCUGCGGUACGUUGCAGUUUUUCAUUCUUCUCUUGUGUGCACAGUGUUCCAUUUCGGCAUGAAAUUGCUAACAGAGUUAAGAGUUUGAAUGACACUCUAGAUCAGAUACUUAGUGAAAAAAAUAAAUUUAAAUUUGAGGAGUCUGCAUCUAAUAGUUUUCAAGCCACUAGACGAGAUCGUGGUCAUCAGAGUUCUCCCUUGCCUGAAUUAGACAUUGUGGGAUGGAACAUCAGAGAUGAUUCUCAGGAACUUGUUAACUUGUUGGUUAGUGAGGAUGAGCAAAAGUGCAGUGUUUUUGCCAUUACUGGCAUGGGUGGGAUAGGCAAGACAACGCUUGCGCAGGUUAUAUAUAAUGAAUCUAAGAUCAAGGAAGGAUUUAUGCAACAUUCUUGGUCUUUUGUUUCAAGAGACUAUUCAUCAGAUACAGACAUACUGAAAGGGAUCUUAAGAAAUAUUGGCAAGCAUUGUGAAGACGCUGAUGCUACAAGUGCUGAUUUGAUACCAAUGCUUAAAGAUGCUUUAUCUGGGAAGACCUUUUUCCUUGUGUUAGAUGAUGUAUGGAAAGAAGAUGUAUGGGUUAAUUUGCUUAGAAAUCCGGUGGAGAGUGGAGCAGCUAAAAUUAGGAUAUUAAUUACUACUCGAGACAAAAAUGUGGCCGAGAAAAUGGGAGCAGUUCAUAUCCACAAUGUCAGCAAAUUGUCUGUUGAUGAUGGCUGGGAAUUGCUUUGCAAGAAAAUUUUCAGAAACAAAGAUGCGGCAGAGAUGCAGAGGCUGAGAGAUGUUGGGAUGAAAAUAGUUGAAAAAUGUGACCGUCUUCCCCUCGCAAUCAAGACUGUUGCCGGUGUUUUGAACACUAAACAUCGAAAGGAGGAGUGGGAGAAGGUUCUUAACAGCAACACAUGGACAAGGAGUGGGCUUCCGGAAAAGAUUCAGGCAGCACUGUACUUGAGCUAUGAGGACCUACCGUCUGAAAUCAAGCCUUGCUUUCACCAUUGUGCCCUACGACCUCCCGGCCGUGUGCUUUAUCGUGAAAAUCUUGUUCGUGAAUGGAUUGCUGAAGGUUUUGUGACAGCUGAAGCGAAUGCAUCAUUGGAAGAUAUUGCAGAGGAUUAUUAUAUGGAAUUGUUAAGGAGGAGUUUUCUUCAUCCAGAUCCAGCCUAUGUAGACCACAGUCAAUGCACAAUGCAUGAUCUGUUGAGAAGUCUCGCUUUGUUUUUGGCACAAGAAGAAAGCUUUUUUGGAGACCCAAAAGAAGUGAAGACAACUGCUGAGAUGAGACUGCGCAGACUUUCAAUAUCAAGCAAAGAAGAGACAGUGAGUCUACCUAAUGACAUUAUUAAGAAGAACUGUCUGAGAACUCUAAUGUUACUGAAGGCCCCUCCUCAAAGUUUGGAGACGGACAUCAUUGGAAAGCUCUCACAUCUUCGAGUUUUGAUACUUAAUGUAGUGAAGGUCGAAAGAGUUCCGAAAAAUAUCGGAGAUUUAGUACUCUUGAGGCUUCUAGAUCUUAGCCACACACAAAUCAGUGAGCUGCCAGAUUCCCUUGGCAACCUUUCAAACUUGCAGUUCUUGAACAUUGAAUAUUGUAAAUCUUUACACUCCCUUCCAAAGAGCAUUACCAAGUUAUGCAACCUAAGGUGUCUUGGUGUUGACCAUACUCCUCUGAGUCAUCUACCGAAAGGAAUUGGCAAACUCAAGCAUCUCAAUGAUCUGAGAGGAUUUCUAGUUGGAAAUGAUAAUUAUGAAGAAGGGCAGCAAGAGGGAUGCAGCUUGGAAGAGCUAGACCCACUUGACAAUCUUCGAUACCUCGUGCUAAACAAGCUUGAAAGAACGAUAACCUGUGCUUCAGUGCUUUCAAACAAAGAUCAGUUGCGGCAACUAGUGUUGAAUUGUACCAGUUUUGAUAAGCGAGCUCACCCACAUUCCGUGCAAGAGAUAAGCAGAAUUGAGCAAGUCUUUGAUGAGUUGUCACCUCCAUGUCUAGAUAGACUAGUAAUCAGGAACUACUUUGGUUCUAGAUAUCCAAAGUGGAUGUCACCCACCUCAAUUAGUUCUUCUCUUUCUGAACUCACAAGUUUGCAUCUUAUCAGCUGCAAGUCAUGGUCCCAACUUCCCCCUCUUGGUCGACUGCCCCAACUAAGCUUCCUGAAAAUUCAUGGAGCAAGCGAAGUUGUAUCUAUUGGGCCUGAAUUCCUCGGCAGUGGUGUACAAGAUGUGAAUGUGAAACCUCCAACUGCCUUUCCUAAGCUUAAGCAUGUUCAAAUACGUUUCAUGCCAAAAUGGGAAGAAUGGUCACUUUCUAGAAAUGACAAUGAUGAAUCAAGCAAACUGGUGAUGACUUGUAACUUACAGCGGCUGAACCUUCAUGAAUGUCGAAGGCUAAAAGCUCUUCCAAGAGGAUUAAGUCAGGUCAGUAUACAGAAUUUAUACAUUGGAUAUGCUCACAGACUGAAUGUAGUCAAAGACUUGCCUGCCUUGACUGAUCAACUGAGUCUCACUAGUAACCAUGGCCUUUUAAGCAUCUCCAAUCUGCCUGCAUUGAAAAAUUUGGUUGUGUCUGAUUGUCCAAUGCUCAACUGUGUGGAGAAGCUCGAUUCGCUACAAUCCCUCCAUGUGGUUGACAGCAAAAGCAGUAAUGUUCCACAGUGGUUGAUCACAUUUCUCCAAGAGCGGCAGCUGGCUUCCCCUGGUCUUUCUCGGUUGCAUCUGGAGUGCAAUGUUAAAGCUCUCAAGGAAUGUCUUAAAGCUUCCUCUGGCUGGUCUGUCCUCCAGCAUGUGCUGCAUGUGGUUGCUUAUGCAGAGAAAAAAAGCAAGUAUCUGUUGUAUACCAAGGAACCAUAUUCUUACAAGACCAAUGUUGAAGAAUGAUGAGUAAAUGUCGAAAUGCACCUCACUCCAUUAGCAGUGUUGUUAUGAGAUGAAGGUUGUCCCUAGUUCUG